AUGCAAUUAAAACAGGUGUUUGCACCGCCUCCCAGAUCCGACGACGAUGGCACACGAUCCAGCACCCAUGGUAAUCUAAACCCGAAGCUGGUCCACUUCCGCCACCCUGCCUAUCCCGACGCGGAACCGGACCUGUUACGUUUUAGCGCCCUCGACGGCGGGGACGGUUCCGACGGUAUCGACUACGAUCUCGCUCUCACAUCAUGUUGCAUUGUGACCGGAAACACAUCUGCAACGGGAUGGCUGGCGGUCAGGGUUUCCUCGAGCGAUGACGAUAAACCGUUGUUCCAUCGCGUCGACCGCCCAGGAGACGGCAUCCUCCGCCAUCUCGAAUAUCACUUUUGCGUCGGCGAGCUCGACCCGACGACUUACAAGUACCCUGUAGUCCCGUCUUUCGACCACUGGCGACUCCCGCACGGCCAACUCCCAUCGCCGUGGAAAGAUCUUCGACUUGAUUCAUCUACAACACACCCACAUGUCCAUUUCAAGUGCAAGGUCGCUGCACUGGCUCGCGACAGCACACCUCCACCCUAUCAACGACGAAGGAACCUUGUCCUCCUUCGCCGUGACCUCCACCACCUCCUUGAUACGCGCCGCUUCACCUUUGUGGCCAAGUCGGUCUUCGCCCAGCCGUUAUCGUCACCCGCUGCCUGCAUGCCCACCGCCCAGCUCGCCCUCCACGUCAUGCUUCCCUCGGGGUCCGACCAACUCCCAGGCCUGUAUCACAACCGCGCGCUCCAAGAACCAGUUCGGGGCAUCGCGGUCGAGUUCCUGUUCGCGCGUUUCGCGUGGACCCUCUUCACCGACGAACACAUGCCCUUCCUCAAAGGAUUUGUCGAGCACACUGUGCUGCUAUACAACCUGAGCGAGGACCGGGUUGAAGAGGAGAAGUUGCAUAGCGCCGAGAUCCGUAUGCAAGCCAAGCUGUUCGGGUCCUACUCGUCCAGCCGCAGCGUCAGCCCCCGGAAGCGGCCACGGUCGUCCCAGCCGUCGUCGUCCCAGCCGUCGUCGUCUGAGCACCGGCUGCCGCAAACGGAUGCCGAGGCCUCCGAGACCGGGAGUUGCGGUGUGCCGCCCUUUAAACUACGGCGGUCGACCGACGGCGGCAGUGACGCCGAGGAUUGGGACGAUAUAACCGAGGCCCCGAGGCUGGGUGGGCCAUAG